GCGCACGCGGCGCACGUGCAACGAUCGUUUGACCACGUGCGCACCGUGCUCACGCUCUCUCAGUGUACUCUCGCUCUCUUCUCGUUGUGUACUGCGAGAGCUGUGGAGCUGCCGAUGAAGUAAAGAGGGGGUCGCCACUUGUCACAUCAACAGAAACAUGUGCAUCACGCGAAAGCUGCAGCUGACUCUGGCGAUCCUGAAGCCCGAUGUUUGCAAGAUCCCCAUGAAACUAGAGGCCGUUCGGCAGGUGAUCUUGGAAAAUGAUUUCAUCUUUGUCAAGAGCAAGAUGGGAACUUACACUAGGGAACAGAUGGAGAAGUUCUACGCCGAGCAUCAGGGCAAAUUCUUUUUUGAGAGACUAGCAAGCUUUAUGUCCAGCGGGCCGCUGUCAGUCCACAUAUUGGCAAAGGAGAAUGGGAUCAAAGAAUGGCGUUCACUCCUGGGACCAACACAAGUGUUCAGGGCUAUUCACGAUGCCCCGAAUUCCAUUCGAGCACGGUUUGGCCUGACAGACACACGGAACGCCGGUCAUGGAUCAGAUUCUGAGGAGUCGGCCAGGCGCGAGAUCGGCUUCUUCUUCCCGGAGUUCGACCAGGACAUGUGGUACCUGGACGAGGAGCAACGCUGGCGACGCGCGAAGCUCGUCUUUGACCUAGAACGAUGCGAGCACAUAGUGGUCGACGAGCAGGAACAGCAGCGCAGCACCUAAGGUCCUGCUUCCGUGUGGUGCUGAACUUCGCACUGUACCAGGGAGAGUGCUCUCAGGCGAUCACUUUCGGUGAUAGUGUAGCUUUCUCAAGAUAUUGCGGGACCCGGCCCUCACCAUGAGCUUCUUUCUUGCUUUGGCCUGUGCAUCCAGUGUCGAUACUCGUGAAAUCUUGCAAAAGUGAUGUCCUAGGGAUACAUCCCCAGCUCAAUAAUAAGCGCCUCGCACUGCCCACUUCAUUUUGAAAACUGGGCCUAUUCAUUGUAAACUAAGAUCAACUAAGAUCUUUCUGUAUUGCUUUUGGAAAAGGAUGAGAUGACGCCAACGCUUCGCGUCUGUUGACUUCGACGCCAAAAUGCGCAGCCGGAUGCUUGCUAUGCCGACAUAAAGUAGCGCCUACUUAGCAGCAGCAGCAAGAUAUGCAUGUACAGUCGCGUCCAACAUGAAUUGCAACAUGUCGCCCAUGGUCAAAAUGGCACCAACUCUACACAUUGGCAUCCAAAUAUAAAAAAUUGCUGAAGUAAACAUUGUUUCAAUCGCUGGUACUUCCUAAGCUAAUUUACCAUUUGCCCGUGUCAUUGUAUCAGCGGGUCCCUUCAGACAUGCUCACUGUGUUGCAACUCAUAUUGAGUGCGACUGUACCGGAUGUGUUCUGUGAAAUUCAUUACAUCAGAUCGUUGCAAUGUCUUGCAUGAAAUUUUUGCCACAUCAAAUUUACGGCUAUUAUUAGGUUGGUAUACCAAUGUGUUUCGAGAUUUAACCAUUUGCAGUUCCUACAUAGCGACGCUCUUUUUCAAUCAAAUCAUGUAUUGUUAACUUUUUUUUGGUUCCUAUUUUGCUUCUCUAAAACAGCACCAUUUGGAUUUUCAUACCCUGCAUGCAAGAUUUUCAUAUUGCUUCUGUAGGACUAAUCUAGGAGGUGUAAGCACUAUUUUUAUGUACAUACUUUUUAUGAACCUCUGGCUAAGCACAACUACAGCAUAUGGCAUUUUUGCUCAAUGAGUUUGCCAGUAUGCAACCAAGCCACAAUAUCUGUAAUGAUGACUGGCACGUGUGUCCUACCAAGCGAAAGCAAGAAGGCACAUAUUUUCGUUGGCGUUAAUGGUUUAUUGGCACUGUUUUCGACAACAGUGUAUUCCCAGGCCUCCUCCACACACAAUUUCUGACCGAAUUCAACUUGCCUCAGGUAGGGCCCUUCUUACAGCUUGCCACUUAACACACAGCCCAGUUAGAUAACCGAGGUGAAGCGGGAAGGUUGCGUGAAUAAGCAAUAGAACUUUGCAACAUUCCUCCAAUUCCCUAGAGCAUGCCUAGUCUAAUUCUGUUGGAACAUUAACUUUCAAGUUGAAUUUUUGCAAGGAAGCAUCCCUUUGCGACCUGUUGUCGAGCCCCUCCCGACAACGCAACACAGCCGCAGCGGUCUGUUGUCAGGCACUGCUGGACUAGCUCUUUUGUGGUUGAUUCAUGUGCGUGUUUUCUUACUGCAUUGUGCCCCAACUUUUAACAGAGUAGGUAAACUUUUUUUUACAUGAGCUCUGCUUUUCUUAGUUUCUGUCCAGAAUUGACAGAAGGGGGGUAAAGGCCUAAAAAGGCAUUAAAAAAAUGCAACUGUCUUCAAACACAAUGCAAUGGCUGAGUUGUGUACUAAACUGCUCUUAGCGCUUAAAUGGGGAAUGCAUGGAUCUUCUGCAUGGUUUCCCGUUUAAGUUCGUAAAAAAAUUAAUAAAUAAAACGGUUCACAACAUAUGUCAUUGGGAACCUGAAAACAGUGCAGGACGGCACUCGGAAUAGAACUGACAAGACAGGCCACUUGGACUUUGUCAUCAGGACUGAAGUGACUUAACGAUACUAUUCCAUUGUCACACGUUCUCGUCAGAGACGCUGCACCUGCACUGUCGACAGAACAGGCCAGGUGUGAACGACAGAUUACAAGUGGCAUAGAAUUGCAAUAUUAUACUGGCAGCGGCACUCAAAGCUGUGUGCACGAUGCAAGCACUGGCAUGCUUAAGCUGCUUUUGAGUGACGAAAGCUUGUUUCAUUACUUAGGCUCAGGGAUAGACGAGAUUAGUAUUGCACACCCAAUAUGGCAAAAACGACACCCUUUUUUUUAUCUCCAGCUUAAAGUGCUGUGUGCUAACUAAAUAUUCACAUGUCCAAGCAUCUGCAGAGUUAUUGCCAGGAUGAAUACCAGGAUUAUAUAUGCGUAUUACAAAAACAAAACGUACACGGUGGCUUUUAUUCUGCUGGUACUGUGCUGUCAAAAGCAGGAAAAAUGGGUGUGGCAAACAGUAGGCAACUGCCUCUCUCCAGACUUCUUAAUGACUCUCGUUGUGGAUACUUGGCUGAGCAGAUUAGCGACUGUUAAUUACCUCCCCUGCCUCCGAAACAAGCAUUUCACGUGUUACCUAGACAAUUUCAACAAUGUGCACCAGCACACAGUUAACACUGAAGGAGUACUAACUAGCAUGAUAACUUAUUUUCUUGCAUUCGAUGAAAUGCUGGCAAGCACUAGAGCUCCCUAACUAAUCUACAAUAAAUGCUUGUUACUAGUACAAAUUUGUUGAGACUUCGGUACUGAGGAGGCGGACGCGUGAUGCUAAGUCCUUCGUUGUGAUCACUGUGGCUACCAUGCCUAAGCGCAGUCAGAUGAAAUG